AUGGCAGGUGAGACGAAGUCCAAGAAGAUAGUCAAGAAGACAAAGCAGCCCAUCCGUUUGUAUGCAAAGGGCGUUAUUUUGGGCUACAAGCGCAGCAAGUCCAACUGCUAUGCCAACUGCUCUUUGUUGAAGAUCGAUGGUGUUCGCACCAAGGAGGACACUCAGUUCUACAUCGGCAAGAAAGUGGCAUAUGUCUACAAGGCAAAGAAAGAGAUUCAGAACAGCAAGUUCCGAGUGAUGUGGGGCAAGGUUCGUCGAGCCCACGGCAACUCUGGGGUCGUGCGGGCAAAGUUCAACAAGAGCAUUCCGCCAAAGGCAUUCGGCGCAGCAUGCAGGGUGAUGCUGUAUCCAAGCAACAUUUGA